AGUGUCAUAUAAUUAUUUUUGGAUUAUUUGUGAAACAAACUUUAUAUAUAAACUUUUUUGUGCUUUAAGUGAAGUGUGAUUUUUUUAAAAAUUAUUUUUGUGCUUUCUAAUGUUGGAUACCGCAACAAUUUCUACAUCAACAAUGGCAAAAAAUUACAGUCAUUGUCCGUUAAAGAAACGGCCAAUUCAAUUUGUGGAUACCGAAGAGGAACCACCAAUUAAAAAACAACAAAUUGAAUCAUUACCAACAAUUAUGGAUUGUCGAAAAAUUCGUAUUCCAACACCACCACCAGUUAAAAUUGAAAUUAAAGAUGAGCCUGAAAAUCUAUGUACAAAACCACAAGAUUUAAGUAAACGUUCAUCACCAGUUAUUGAAGUUCCAUUACCAAUUGUUCCAACAUCAGUAAUUACAACAAAUCCAUAUCCACCAAAAAUUCAAUCACCACAAGAGGCAUCAAUUCCAGUUACCGUUAUAUCAUCCACAGCGAAUAUUCCACGACUUGGUGGUGCAUUUCAUCGUGUUAUGCCUGUGCGUAGUAGUCCUGAACCAAUUCAACAUUAUGCACCAACAAAUUGGCAUCGAAGUGUUGCCCCCGUUCCACAAGCACCACAUUAUCCACCAGCAUAUUUCCCAUUAGGUUAUCCAUAUUCCUCAACAAAUGAAAUUUAUCAUCCAUAUCCAUUAUAUCCAUCACCACCAUCACCGUACGCACCCCGUGAUAGUUCAUGCUCACCACCACAUCAUAUCACAUCUCGACAACCUUUGGCUCCAUUAGCGUUGUUACCAGAAUCUCGACCACAAAUCGAUCGAGCAUCGCUAUCACCUGCAUCAUCUGGUACAGCUUCAAUGCGUUCACAUUCACCAACAUAUUCAAGUGAACCCGCUGAUUUAUCACCACCAACCAUGGUAGAACCUCAACAACAACGUCGUGUUACCACAACCAAUAAUGCACGACAUCAAUGUCCUGAUUGUGGAAAAAGUUAUUCAACAUUUUCUGGUCUAUCUAAACACCGACAAUUUCAUUGUGCAGCUGGUGAUGGACCACGAAAAUCGUUCAGUUGUAAAUAUUGUGAAAAAGUGUAUGUGUCAUUAGGGGCUUUAAAAAUGCAUAUUCGUACCCAUACCUUACCCUGUAAGUGUACCUUAUGUGGUAAAGCCUUUUCACGACCAUGGUUAUUACAAGGCCAUAUUCGUACACACACGGGUGAAAAACCAUUCAGUUGUCAACAUUGUCAUCGUGCAUUUGCUGAUCGAUCAAAUUUACGGGCACAUUUACAAACACAUUCAGAUGUUAAAAAAUAUUCGUGUCCGUCCUGUAGUAAAACAUUCUCCAGGAUGUCUUUACUAACCAAACACGCAGAAGGUGGAUGCAAUGGAAGUGCUCAUUUAACGACGGUAAAUCAAUCACUAAAUCCAACAAAUAUUUAUUCACAUUCCGUGAAACAAGAAGAUCUACGCCAUUUGAAUCAAAUGUAUUAAAUUAAAACCAACAAUUUUAUUUUUUUUUAAAUAC